GUCAUCAAGGCUAUGGUAGAUGAGGGCCAAGUUGAGAUCACCAAGAGAGUGCCUCUCAUCUUUAAAAUGCCAAAUGGCAUCCUGAAAGGUAACAAAAUCUUUGCCUUAAUGUUAUAUAAUACAAAUGUUGCAUUGUGGAAAGAAUGUACUCAGCGGCAUUAUAGUGUGAGAUUAUAUCAGUUAUCAGCAGUCUGUAAACAUACCUUCAGAGGAAAUCAGCAAGGUUGACAAUCCACCAUCAAGAAGUUAUCUUGGGCACUGAGACAAGGAAGGGCUUCUCAUCAUCAUCUUCCAGAAUGCCAUGUCCCACCCUCUGAACAUGGACACAGUCCAGAUCCCCUCCAGCCACAGCCAGAAUUGCAAGCCCAAAACCAGGACUGACCACUCUGUUAACUUUCCAUUCACCUACUGUGGCGCUCAAUCACAGAGGUGUGUACCAUUUAGAUGGUCUAUUAGCUUUUUGAUUUUGCUUAUUUUUUGACAUUUUCUAUUUGGAAAAUUAUCUAUUGGGUGAACGUUGAAGGAGAUCAACUUUUGCAUCAUAAACAAGGAUCUAUAUUUCGAGAUACUCGCUUUAGUUAAGAAUUACAGUGAUCCAGAUUGUCAUUUAUAGUGUGGAAGAUAUAAUGGGGUUACACCUGCAUGUUAGAGUGUGAUUUCUUCCUUCCUAAGGAUGACCUUCCACUGCAGCUAUGCAUUGACCAGUAUGUCAGAACUCGGCAUGGAGACCCAAAAAGAGAAAGUAGAGGAGGAUUACCCACUACCAGCACUGAAGAGUGAGGGAAUUCUACGGGCUGAGAUGAGGUUUGCCAAAGGUGCUGUGAGUUUGUUGAUGCAAGCACAUCAGUUCAACAUUUAGUUGUAUUGUGUGUUCAAGGGUUUUUAUUUGUCAUGUUUUAAUACAAAAACAUAAAAUGUCUCUUUCCAGUGCACACACAUUAAAACGAUUUAAUAGGUUCAGCCAAUUGCUAUAUAUUGUGAGCAAUUUGACUCUUGGUUGUGUUCUCUCCUCAGACUCCUCUUAUAUGUACAUACAUUUCUCUUUCCAAAACCAACAACUACAAGCCAAUUGCAAUCGUUCACAGACGAUCAAUCCCUAUUGACCUAUUUCUCAAUGGUAAACCACUGUGUUCAGGACUUCUUGUUACCACUGUCAGGUAUCCAUACAGGGGUGACAGCCACAUAACUGUGUCUGGCAGUGGUAAGGGUCUCAAGUAUCCGUCACAUCACAAGUGGUUCGUGGUCAGGCUAUUCUCCUUUGUGAAAUUCCAUGGGUUUACAAAGUCUGGGGGGCUGUUAAAUCAUAUACAACUCAAAUUGCAUUGUGUGAAAAUUAUUAGAUACUUUUCAGUAACUGGGCGGUAUUCAUCACCACUUUCUGGGCACAGAGGCUUGAAUGCUCCUGUUUACAGUGAAAAUAAUGAACAUAUUGUGGAUGGACACUUAUGUCUGCCAACUAAUAACACUUUAUCCCCCCCCAGGUAGACUUCCAUUGUGAUACAGAUGUCUGUAAAGGAACCGGCUGCUCAACGCUCUGUAACAGAAGUAAGUUUACUUAUCGUGUGAGCGAAGUAAAGUGUUUACUUUGCUUUGGAAUAGGUCCCAUUCUCUGGAUACAUGUGUAAUCAAUAAGUCCCAUGUCUAUUCUCCCUAGUGAGGAGGCAAAUAGGAGUGCUGAGAGUGUUCUGCAGAACACCAUUGUGUGGACCUGUCAUCCUUCACAUGUAAAUAAUUUGGGACACAGUUACUCUUGUUUUAUUGAUUUAUUUAUGUUUGACUGAUUUGUAGUGCUUGAGACUAGGGAGUUCCCCAUGCUUCCAAUGCAGGUGCAGAGGAGCUACCAAGAUGCUGCCCAUGGUUCUGAACAUCUCUAAUCCAGGGCCGGUCCUUGCCGUUCUGCCGCCAUAGGCAAGACCAAAAAAAAUUAUAUUUUCUGUGUGUUUAAAAUACAAAUUUUCCAAGAAGUUGAAAAUGCCUAUUUUCCGGACGUAAAAAAAUACGUAUUUUACAGACGUUGAAAAUAUGUCUGUAAUCAGGCUAAUUUUUGGUUUUGAAUGAAAGUUGAAAAUAUGUAAUUUAUAAACUUCUGUGUUUGGGCCAAAUCAAAGCUGGUCCAGAUGGACAAAAUCUGAACCAAACAUAGACGUCUAGCCUUGAAAUCAAGGCUAGUCUGGACGGAUACCAAGUGCGCUUCGAUGACUGCACGACACAGGUGAGAGAGCUCCAAGACACCUACCUAGUAGUCUGCUUAUGUGUUAGGCACAUUGAAAGUGUUCUAUAGGUCUACGUAUUGUCACUGAAAUGUAAAGAGAAUUAGAUUGUAGUGUAUAUCAGCAAGUGUGUGUCUCUGAAAGGAGAUUUGUGUUUGUGGGUUGUCAGGACACGGUGGUGAAGUACAUGGCAGACGUCUGUCUGCUGAGAGAGAUCCUGGCAGACCCUGUUCUGUCUCAGUACAGUGUGGUCAUUUUGGAUGAAGCCCAUGAGAGGAGCCUUAACACUGUCAGUAGUAGAGCCAACUACUUCAAUACAGUAAUCUGAUUAUAUGGCCAGCUCCAUCCCUCAGUUGUAUUUCAAAACAAGUGGUGGGGCUGAAAAAUCUAAUCCCAGAUUGUAGCAUUAAACAGUUGUGUAAUAUGUGCUUCACUGCAGGACAUUUUGCUGGGUCUGUUGAAGCAGACCCUCUCCAGUCCAGAUAAGGCCUCUAAGGGUCGCUCUGUCCCCCUGAAGGUGGUGGUAAUGUCAGCCACCCUGGAGACAGACAAGCUCUCUGUGUUCCUGGGAGGCUGUCCUGUCUUCACCAUCCCUGGAAGGAACCUUCCCUGUCACCUCCAAGUUUGGCUGUGCCAUAGGACCAAAAGAUACAGAGAGCUCUGUUUACGUUAAAGAGGUAGGGAGUAAGCUUGCUUUUACUGAUGUAGGCCUAUUGUUAGUAUGAUGUAUGAUAAUGAAUAAAUUCAGUGAUUGUAUCACCCCAGGAUUUAGCUAAUUUAAACUCUGCCAUCAACACCAUUUAAUACUGUAUACUCCUUGCUAUACAUUUACAUUUUAGUCAUUUAGCAGACGCUCUUAUCCAGAGCGGCUUACAGUUAGUGCAUUUAUCUUAAGAUAGCUAGGUUGGACAACCACAUAUCUUAGUCAUAGUAAGUACAUUUUUUUUCAAUAAAGUAGCUAUCGGAGAAGUCAUUGCUGGUAGAAAAAAUAAAAAAGUCAAGUGUGUGUGUUAGUUCACAAAAGGCAAAGUUGUUUAUUUUAUUAUUAUUUUUUGCUCAAUGUAUAUUGUCUCUACUAAAAUGUAUGGAAACAUAUGGGGGGAAACUGAGUAUGAACAAACCUCUUGUCUGUGACAGGUUGUCAAGGUGGCAUUGGAUGUGCACACCAGUGAGAUGGCUGGGGAUAUCCUUGUGUUUUUAACAGGUAAACCUAAUAAUAAUCUACACAUAAUCUCCAGAAUAUGAAUGUACUGAUUACAGGUAAAUAUUUUUCAAUAUAACUGUUUAUAACAGGGCAGUUUGAGAUUGAGAAGGCCUGUGACAUGUUGUAUGAGAAGGCUGAAUCCAUAGACUACCGUUACGAUGUGCAGGACCAUAAAGUGGAGGGGCUGCUGAUCCUGCCCCUGUACGGAUCUAUGCCCACUGGUAAGGUUUGGGGCACUGUCCGAGUACCCCUCACUGUGACAUUCACAUAUAGAAAAACAAAUUGAGUUCCCUUUCACACCCAAGUGGGCACAGUUUAGCAUGUCAUUGAUUUGCUAAAUCAAAAGUAUAAAGUCAUGACUCAUUUAAACACCUUUUUAAAUAAUGUGAAUGAUGUGUCCUUCUCACAGAUCAGCAGAAGCAGAUCUUCCAGCCUCCCCACCAGGUAUAAGGAAAUGUGUGGCCACCAACAUUGCAGCAACGUCCCUCACCAUCAAUGGAAUAAAGUGAGUCACCAUAAGGCUUAUCAAAGAAACAUAGAGCUGUUUCUAUCCAUCACAGAAUGGCAAAGCCUCAAAUUUCAUAACUCAUUUGUUAACUGCAAGUAUAUUGUUGACAGUGGGUUUGUGAAGCAACUCAACCACAAUUCAAGGGUUGGCAUGGACAUCCUCGAAGUGGUUCCAAUUUCAAAGUAAGUCCCGGAAGUCCCCGUUUCAGUCUGCUUCGUUCCGUGCCUAAUGAACAGGAAUGUGAUGUUGUGUGGUGGUGUAGGAGCGAGGCCCUGCAGAGAGCAGGCCGGGCAGGGAGAACCUCCGCCGGGAAGUGCUUCCGGAUCUACAGUCAGGAGUUCUGGGAGAAGUGCAUGCCGGAGUACACAGUUCCAGAGAUCCAGAGGACCAGUCUCACCGCUGUCAUCCUCACACUCAAGUGCCUGGGAGUUCAUGAUGUCAUCAGGUAGGUACAGCUCCUCUUUCUCAAGUGCUCAGAGAAACCAGUGUCCGUUUUCGAGACUGUUGAUAAUAGAAUACAAUCCAACAAGUAAUUUGAGGCCAUGGUUGCUUGGUGUGUCUCUCUAAGGUUCCCUUACCUGGACCGUCCAGAGGAGAGGGUCAUCCUAGAAGCAUUGAAACAGCUUUACCAAUGUGAUGCCAUCGACAGGUGAGAGAUGUAGACAUACUGUAUAUCCGUGUACAUCGGUCAUUGUUUAUACUAAUCUCCACCAGAUACAUCUACAACCACAUAGGGAUACAACUCUGCUGUUUUCACCAUCUAUAACAGAGGGAACCUACCACAUACAGUACUGGCAGUUCUUCAUGACUAUCAUGACUCAAUCUUUAAUAGCACUUGUUAUCUCUAAUCAAUAACCCCCUCCCCUGUCUGUAGGAAAGGUAAAGUGACCCGGCUGGGUGAGCUGAUGGUAGAGUUCCCCCUGUCCCCAGGGCUGACUCGGGCCCUGCUCCAGGCUGCCUCCCUGGGCUGUGAGGACCUCCUGCUGCCUGUAGCUGCCAUGCUGUCUUUGGAGAGCAUUUUCAUCAGACCAGGUGGACAAUAGUGGCCUGAGGCCUCGAUUUAAUCAAUGAAGAUGUGGUUAUGUCAGAAAUACAUAUGUAUGCAUCAUGGUUCUAAUCUAAAUAUUUGGCAUUGCUCUCUCUGCAGGCCAUCCAGAGAAGCAGAAGGAGGCAGAUAAGAAGCACAGGCAGUUGGGAGUGCAGGCAGGCAGCUGUAAUGACUUCACCAUGCUGCUCAGUGUGUUUGAGAAGUGCAAGGCCAGGUCUACAAUAUUAACUCCUCUUAAUGUAUUUAAUAAGCUGCAUUCAUGUUCAUGGGUCUCCAUCUAACGUGAGCUUGUUUUGCUGCCUACUGUAGUGAUGCCCCUUCAGCGUGGUGUAAAGACAACUAUAUACACUGGAGGGCGCUAAAGUCAGCCUUCAGCGUGGAGACCCAGCUCAGAGACAUCCUCCUAAGACUACAAAAGGUCAGUUUGUUGUUUGUUUACAUGUCUUAUUAGUUUUGGUGUAGCUAAAACAAUGAUGUGAAGCUCUGAGCAUGUAUGUACAGAUUUAUAAUCAGGGUAUGUGCGUUGUUUCCAGAAGAGAGAUUUUCCUAUGGAGAAGUUUGCAAGCAAUAAGAGUGAGCUGUUCAGGAGAUGUCUAUGCACUGGUUACUUCACCAACGUGGCAAGAAGGUACAGCUUUUAUCCCAGUAAUGUUAAAAAGUCAGGAAAGAUAACUCAAAUGUUGUGGUUUUCUCUCAGGUCAGUUGGGAAGGUGUUUUGCACGAUGGAUGGGCACGGAUCCAUGGUUCACAUUCAUCCAUCAUCAACGGUAAAGACUUCCAGGACUAUAUUCUGAUCAAUUCAGAACAAUCCAUAAACCCCCUUAAUGCAUAUUAUACAUCAGUCCCAAUUGCUCCUGUGUGUUAACCUGAUUCCCCCUCCCCCAUAGCUAUUUGACCAGGAGGCCCAGCUGGACUGGGUGAUCUUCCAUGAUUGCUGGUCACCUCGCGGAUCUACAUCCGGACGGUGUGCCCCAUCCGCUAUGACUGGGUGAAGAACCUGCUUCCUAAGCUCCAUGAGGUGGAUGUGUACGAGCUGAGCAGCGUGGCCAGAGAAGAGGUGACGGACGAGGAGGUGGCCAAGUGGGUGACCAAGGAAGCAGCUAAAAGACAAACAGGUGGGUGAUGGACUCUGGUGAUGAGUAUGAAUUUACUGGUAUAGAAAGAAUUGUAUAACAUUUGAUGUUUCUGUAGCUACUCCUUUAUUAUAUACAGUACAGGUCUCAUUCAAAAUCCUCUAAUGGGGGCAAAGGUUUUUUAAAUGGAAAACGUAAUGAGUAUUCCUAUUGGACAAGCUAAGUUACUAUGGUGCCUUUUCUGUUCAAGCCAGGCCCCCAGGCGAUCCGUAUGCUUGUUUUGUCUGCUUGACAAUCUAAUAGAAGUAAUUCUGUGUGUUUGGUUUAAUUUCCAGUGGGGUCUGCUGAAGACGCGUUCAAGAAUAUGGAGAAACGGAACGAUGAAAGCUCUGUGAGCAAUGCCCGUGCUCGCUACCUACAGAGAAAACAGGAACGGCAACAAGGCAAAGCACCGUGAGAGAGGAGGACAUUGGACACUUAUCCUCAGGGGAAGAAGGACUCAGUUAUUGGACUGACCAGGACAGAAGAAUCUCCACUCAGGGGUUAAAAGCCUGUCUGUUAUAAUAAACUGCACAGGCGAUGUUCUGAACAAUGUUUUACAACACGGAAAUCUGAGAGUUCAGGGUCAAACAUGGUCCUUUGUAGCUCAGUUGG